CCUCCGUCUCUACCGCCCUCCCCCCCGCGGCUUCCUCCGCCUCUACCUCCGUCCAGCAAAGGGUGCACUCUCUCUUUAAGAAUAAAAUGGUGGCUGGCUGCGAGCGGGACUCCACUUCCGGUGGGGAGGGGGGCGGGACCCCAGCCCGCUCACGCCGGAAGUGCUUUGCGUUUUCAAGAUGGCGACUCCCUAUGUAACUGACGAGACCGGCGGCAAGUACAUCGCCUCAACACAGCGGCCUGACGGUACCUGGCGCAAGCAGCGGAGGGUGAAAGAAGGCUACGUGCCCCAGGAGGAGGUCCCAGUGUACGAGAACAAGUAUGUGAAGUUCUUCAAGAGUAAACCGGAACUGCCCCCAGGGCUGAGUCCCGAGGCCACUGCUCCCGUCACCCCCUCCAGGCCUGAAGCUGGCGAACCAGGUCUCUCCAAGACAGCCAAACGCAACCUGAAGCGAAAGGAGAAGAGACGGCAGCAGCAGGAGAAAGGGGAGGCAGAGGCCUUGAGCCGGACUCUUGAGAAGGUGUCCUUGGGCGAGACAGCCCCGCUCCCCAGUGCCCCGCAGGGUUCCCGGGCAGCCCCAACAGCCGCCUCCGAGCAGGCCGACUCGGCUGCUUCUACAGAGAAGGCCAAGAAGAUCAAGAACCUAAAGAAGAAGCUUCGGCAGGUCGAAGAGCUGCAGCAAAGGAUCCAGGCUGGGGACAUCAGCCAGCCCAGCAGGGAGCAACUGGAGAAGCUGGCCAGGAGGAGGGCGCUGGAGGAGGAGCUCGAGGACCUGGAGCUUGGCCUCUGAGGCCCGCGGUGAACAGGGGCAUGGACUGCAGAACAAACCGUGGGGCUCGCUGGGGCCCUGGGGGAUGCGGGCAGCCGCAGUCAGGAGGGCUACACCCCGCACGGGCCCACUUCCGCCUCUUGAGGCCCAGCUCCGUCCUCCACAGCCUAGACUCGCCCUCAUUCCUUCCGUUGUCAUCCCAACUCCUCUAUUUUGGACUUUUUCCCCGUCCCAUUCCAAGUGUUCAAACUCUCAGUGACAACCCCAGGUACCUUUGCUGCUGAUUUGGGUGUCUUGUUUCAAAGCAAGUCGGGUGGGUGGGAGUUAUUUGGAGAACUGAGAUUGAGGGGAGGGGAGCCUGCCCACGCCCUGGACGAGUCGUGGU